CCAUCCCCACAGAUGGAGACUAGGGCACCCCUCCUCUCUUCCCACUCCUCAGCCUCCUGUCCUUAUCAGAGCUCCGUCUACAGCACGCGUGCCUCUCCCAUUGACGCGGGACCGCGAAUGAGUCAAGCUUGCGUCACGAGCUCAGCGGAAAGAGUGGCCUUCCGGAAAACCAGGGACAGUACAAAGUGCCGCUGUCCCCCGUGCUGACAGGGGCAUCCAGACACGGUGCCAGGGUGCAGGGCAGGGCUGAGCUGAGUUCCUCUGAGCAAAGCACAGCGUGCGCACCACCAGAUUAGGCAGCCUCACGUCGGUGCUCGUCAGGAGGAGAGAAGCGUGGCCAGAGACGACCUCACCAUCGCGGCCGCCACUACCUCCAUCACCAUUAUCAGGCGCUUUGCCCCACUGGCGACCUGGAGACAGAACCGCCCCAAACGAACCUCCGCUAGCCCUGUGCGGCAGCUCCCGGAGCAGCGGGCCCAGGAUAGCUUGGCUGGGUAGGAUUGGCGCUCCCGAACGCUAAAAGCAAAGUGAGGGGGGCGGAGGGGGGGGUGCUUGUCGCGUGCGCCGGCGUGCGCAGCUCCGCCUGGAAACGCAGCCCCGGGCUCUGGGCGCUGCACCCAGACUGUCGGGCGUCUGGACACGGGUGUGAGAGCGCGUGAGCUCGGAGCCUCGGAGCCAGGACCCAGCUAGGAUCUCAGCUGCUCCGGUUGCACUUAGGGCGGAGGCUCCACGGAGUCCACUGGACAGACCAGGCUGCAGGUGUUCUCAAAUAAUCAGAUGUCCUGCAAACACCACAGGCACAUGAUGGGAUGGAGGAAGGACCUAUCAAUUCAGGUUCCCUGGAUGAGAAGGAGCUGAAGACGGCUCCCAUCCCACCUUCUCUGUAAGCCCAGGGGUGGGGGCCUUGGGGCCCUUUGGGGGUCACCAAUGCCGAAGAACAGCAAAGUGACACAGCGGGAGCACAGUAACGAGCAUGUCACGGAGUCUGUGGCCGACCUGCUGGCCCAUGAGGAACCAGUGGACUACAAGCACAGCGUCCUGAAUAUGGCCGGAGAGACCCAGGACAAGCAGAAGGAUGUGGAGGAAGACCUGGAGGCUGAGGACAGGCCUGCCUGGAAUAGUAAGCUACAGUACAUCCUGGCGCAGAUCGGCUUCUCCGUGGGCCUGGGCAAUGUCUGGAGGUUUCCAUAUUUAUGCCAGAAAAAUGGUGGAGGUGCCUACCUUGUGCCCUACCUGGUGCUGCUGAUCAUCAUUGGGAUCCCACUCUUCUUCUUAGAACUGGCUGUGGGUCAAAGGAUACGCCGGGGCAGCAUUGGAGUGUGGCACUAUGUGUGCCCCCGGCUGGGUGGCAUUGGCUUCUCCAGUUGCAUUGUCUGCCUCUUCGUUGGGUUGUAUUACAACGUGAUCAUCGGCUGGAGCAUAUUUUAUUUCUUCAAAUCCUUCCAGUAUCCAUUGCCAUGGAGUGAGUGCCCUGUAAUUAGGAAUGGAACCACUGCAGUGGUGGAGGAAGAAUGUGAUAAAAGUUCAGCUACCACCUACUUCUGGUAUCGGGAGGCUCUGGACAUCUCCAACUCCAUCUCAGAGAGUGGGGGGCUCAACUGGAAGAUGACCCUGUGCCUCCUUGUGGCUUGGAGCAUUGUGGGUAUGGCUGUGGUCAAGGGAAUUCAGUCUUCAGGGAAGGUGAUGUAUUUCAGCUCCCUUUUCCCCUAUGCGGUGCUGGCCUGCUUCCUCGUUCGAGGGCUGCUGCUACGGGGAGCUGUGGAUGGGAUCUUGCACAUGUUUACUCCCAAGCUAGACAAGAUGCUGGACCCCCAGGUGUGGCGGGAGGCGGCCACCCAGGUCUUCUUUGCCUUGGGGUUGGGCUUUGGGGGGGUCAUCGCCUUCUCCAGCUACAACAAACAGGAUAACAACUGCCACUUUGAUGCCGCCCUGGUGUCCUUCAUCAACUUCUUCACCUCGGUGCUGGCCACCCUGGUCGUUUUUGCUGUGCUGGGCUUCAAGGCCAACAUCAUGAAUGAGAAGUGUGUGGUCGAGAAUGCAGAGAAGAUCCUUGGGUACCUGCACACCAAUGUCUUGAGCCAUGACCUCAUCCCACCUCACGUCAACUUCUCCCACCUGACUGCCCAUGACUACAGUGAGAUGUACAAGGUCAUCAUGACCGUCAAGGAGGACCGAUUCCAGGAACUGGGCCUGGACCCCUGUCUUCUGGAGGAUGAGCUCAAUAAGUCUGUGCAGGGGACUGGCCUGGCUUUCAUUGCCUUCACGGAGGCCAUGACCCACUUCCCAGCCUCUCCCUUCUGGUCUGUCUUGUUCUUCCUUAUGCUGAUCAACCUGGGCCUGGGCAGCAUGAUCGGGACCAUGGCUGGGAUCACCACACCCAUCAUUGAUACCUUCAAGGUGCCAAAGGAAAUGUUCACAGUUGGGUGCUGUAUCUUUGCGUUUCUUGUGGGUCUCCUGUUUGUCCAGCGCUCUGGGAACUACUUUGUCACCAUGUUUGAUGACUACUCGGCCACUCUGCCCCUCACCGUCAUUGUCAUCCUAGAGAACAUUGCUGUAUCCUGGAUUUACGGGACCAAGAAGUUCAUGCAGGAGCUGACGGAGAUGCUGGGCUUCCGGCCCUACCAAUUCUACUUCUAUAUGUGGAAGUAUGUGUCUCCGCUGUGCAUGGCCAUUCUCACCACUGCCAGCAUCAUCCAGCUGGGUGUCACCCCACCAGGCUACAGUGCCUGGAUCAAGGAAGAGGCUGCAGAGCGGUACCUCUAUUUCCCCAACUGGGCCAUGGCUAUCCUGAUCACUCUCAUUGUCCUGGCCAUUCUGCCCAUCCCUGUGGUCUUCAUCCUCCGCCAGUUCCACCUGCUGUCGGAUGGCUCCAAUACCCUGUCUGUGUCCUACAAGAAGGGCCGGAUGAUGAAGGACAUCUCCAAUUUGGAAGAAAAUGAUGAAACCCGCUUCAUCCUGAGCAAGAUGCCCAGUGAGACUCCCUCCCCGAUGCCCACCCACCGCUCCUACCUUGGCCCAGGAAACACAUCCCCCCUGGAGAUGACCAGUGCCCCCAACGGACGCUAUGGGAGCGGAUACCUGCUGGCCAGCACCCCUGAAUCUGAGCUGUGACCAUUGUCACUCUACUUCCCACCCUCCAUCCCUCACCUGCCUCUGGUCUACCCUCCUACUGCCCAUAUUCCUGACCGGUGGUGGCACCAUCCCCAGUUCAAAUGGCUAUUGGAUUCUCAGAGCCACCACCUUGCCUCUUAGAAUCAUUCCUGGGACCCUCGGUGUAAGGAACAAGGGAUUAGGAACUCGUUCCCUUCCCUACUACCCCCAUAUUUGCCUGUCUCUCUAACCAUCCAGCCCCCUCCAUACGUCUGGCCAAAUUACAUACCCUAGGAGGUGCCAUCACUAUAGUUUAGGUGCUGUGGUGGCUGUGUCAGAGAUGACUCAGGAAUUUGGAUUCCCAGCCUAGCAGCUAGUCCAGGUGACUCCUGAGGCAUCCCUUUCACCUCUUCCCCCAUUUUCUACCACCUCUAGUUGUCUCUCUCCUUUGGUGUUUUCUUGCUCCUUACCUGGACAGAGCUUGACAAGGCAGUGACUCCAAUAAGACCGCAGGUUCCUCUCUUGGGAUCAGCAGGUUACCACCAUGUUGGUGAUCUGGGAGAAAGAUGCAACUCAUCCUUGUAGGCACAAGCAAUGGGGUGGGCAGCCCCUGGGAGGCCUUUGUGAGAGAGAGCAGGGAAAUUGCCGCUGGGGCCUCAGGUAGUAUGGAUGUAGGGCUUUCCUCAUGCCUGAUCCUGUUGAGGGGAGCUUGGGGGAGAGGAGGGGGAGUGAUGAGUUGAUGAUGAAUGGAUUUCAGCACUGAGCGAUAUUCCUGACACUGCCCAAAGUGUAGGAGAUCUCGCUCAGGGACCAGUAUAAGGUCUCCCCCAGCUGCGGGAGAAAAGAGGGGAGGUGAAUUAUUGAAGGAUGCUCCUUUUACAGUGUGUGUGCACACGGACACAUCUGUCCUGCUGUCUGUCUCCUCGUGUCUGUGAGAAUAGCCCUGCCUGGGGUCAGGUGAGCAUCUCAGCUCGGGAAUGCUUCGUUUAGCUCUGAGUCAAACCUGAAGGCAGUGGCCUUCGACUCUCUCCAGUUCUGGGAGCAAGGACAGUUGGGAGUGAGGUGGGCUGGGGGCAGAGGCUGCUCCCAAAUUUGUUUUCAGAAGCACAUGAUUCCCCCCUCUCCUCCCCUUGCGCCCCCCCACCCCGCCCCCGCCCACCAUUCCAGGCAUCAGGGCAGUCCUCUCCACAGGCAGCUACUCCCUCCAGAGCAGGAGGGCCCCGGGAUCUGGAGGAUUCUCUGAGCUCCUAGGAGUGUCAAGGGGACUCUGGCCCAGGACCUGCCUUGCCCAUGUUUGGUUAAUUAGGCACAAGAGGGAGAAGUCCUCAGGUCUGGGGUAAAGAGUUUCAAUUUCACUGCCUCCCCAGCCCUGAUGGCCACUCCCCAAUCCUGCACAACCCCUUCUGGACUGUCUGCACAAUCCCAAUGGCAACUCCUUUCAGUGCCCCCUCCCCCCAGGGGUUCUUUUCACAACAUCAUGCCCAGUAUUCUAAUCCGGACUUGCCUGGUUGAGGGCUAGCCCCCGCCCAGGAGGCAUCGGGAUUUCUGAGCACAAACAUGGAAUCACAGGACCUGAGUUCAAAUCCCUGUUCUGUCACUUGCUACCCACAUAGUUUAUCUGUAAAAUAAGCGGGUUGGAUUAGAUGACCUCUCAAUCCUGUGACAGUGGUAGGGAAGUUGUGCAAAUGAAGAAAACACUUCGUGUUUCAGAAUUUAAUUGGGAACUGAGUAUCUGAUGAAUGAAUUAACAAAUGAAUGAACGAACAAAUUGCCCUCAAACUUUCCCUGGCUUAGAAACCGAUUCUCUGCCUUUAGACAAUUCUUCCACGGUGAGGUACUAGGCAAAAGUGCUUGGUCCAGGUCCCUCGGGGAAGGACCCUGAAGUACCUUCCUUGGAUGGAUGUGGCCAAGGUUUCACUCAGGAUCAGGAGGGGACAGACAGACUGAGCCUAGGAUCCCCUUCUCCUCUCUCUGUCUUCUGCACCUUGGCCAUCCCCUUCCAUCUUCUCAUCUUUCAUCCUGUCCAGCCUCUCUCUUUUCCUGGCUGCUGCUUCUGCUUCUUCCUUGCCUUCUCUCUCCCCCCCACCCCCCCACCCCAUCCUCUUAGGGCCUCCUAUGUGGGAGGUCCUUACUUAUUCCCACAGUAGGGUGAGCAUAUGAAUGAAUCUGUCCCAAUCUUUGGUGCCCUCACCUCCCAGAGACUGAUUACUCCUCCCUCUUCCCACCCCUGUCCUCACCUUUGCCCUGAGCUUGAUCUUCAGUGAAAUUAGGUAGGAAAAGGAAAAUUUAAAAAACCCGAGAGAGACAUACAUUAUAUAUAAUAUAUAUAAUAUUCUAUAUAUUCUAUUUCUAUUGUAUAUAUGAGCUGUACAUGUCCGUGUAAAUGCUGUUUAAUGAGAAGCCCAAAGCAGUGAUUAGUGGACUAUUUUCAUCCUCAGUGCUGUACAGAUAUAUUUUCAUUGUAUAUUUGAUAUUUAUAAUUUUUUUUUAGUGUUUGGCUGGGUGAGACCCCAGCCUGACAGCCUGCAGGGGCAGGGCACUGGGCUGGGUGGGUGGGUGGGGGGAACCACUCUUUUGUUUUAUGUGGGGUUCAGUAUUGCAUUGUAACCAUUCGCUGUAGGCUGGGGCCUGGUUCCCGCUGUGUUGUUACUUACUGUGUGUUAGCCAUAGGGCUCCUUUGAUAGGUGAGUAGGAGCUUCGUGCAGGCGUGUGUUAGGAUUUGUGAUUCCUUGUGUCUACUGCUUUCCUGGGCCUUUUACCCACUCCUGCCUGCUGCUGUCCCACACUAGACCUUGGACUGAUAGAUUGGAAAUGAGGGAAGAAAAGGCCCCCACCGGUGGGGGUGCCCUUUACCUACUAGGCUUUUACCUUGGGACAACAGAGGCCUUAGUCUACAGAGUGAAUUUUACUCCAGGGUGAUGUCUGUCCAUCUGUCUGUCUGUUUGUCUUUCUGUAAGUAGCCAGAGUGAGCUAUCCAUGGAUCCCAUGUGUCUAGAAGUGGUUUGCAUUCAUAAAUGAGCAGGAACAGAGUAAGACAUUAUCACCCUGGCCACUCUUCAGAGAUAGAGAAAAGGGCAAGCAAAACCCUGAACCUUCUCUUCCCACCAACAACUUAGGUGCUCCCAUCAAGUUCAUAGUCCCUCUUACCAGAGAAGAAACUCCUCCAUGUCACUGGCUGGGGGAGGUCCUUUCAUCUAUCCCCCUGUCUCUGUGCUUAUUGAUGCUGACAAUGCAGUAAGCUUAACCUGGCAGAUUGGCAUGAGUAUAUGGGAUGCAAGUUGAGGGGAUCUCUGCUGUUCUUAAAGAUUCUUCAGUGUUCCAGUUUGGGGUACCCCCGUACUUACUAGGGACAAAGCACUGGGGUGGAGGCGGGGAGGGACAGAGGCAGCCAGGCUGUCUUUACCACAAACUCCAACUUUUCUACUUGAUGGAACAAAAGAGUUUGGUUGAUAAGGGUAAAAGACUGGCCUCUGGGGCUCUAAGGGACAGAUUCAUGGGAAUGGGGGGUAGGACAUGCCUUUUGUGUCCUCCUCUCAACUUCCCUAGCUACUGCUUGGCUUGGUAAAACUUGGUAAAGGGCCAGAAUUCAUAUGCAAGAAGUCCAAGGAAACCAGAGGAUCCCAGACAAAGCCCUUCCCUGUACCCCAUUAUUUCCACUCUCACAAUCUUACAGGAGGGGUUCUCCUUAGGUAUGGGCAGGCCAGGACCCACCCAGCCCACACCUGGGAGCUGUGGGCCAUAACAUCACUGGGGAGAAAGAGUGGGCAGGAGCUGAGCACAUCCCUGGUUCCCCUCCUGCUCCUAUCACCAGCUUUUUGCUCAGGGAGAUUUUUCCUCCACCCCGCUAGCAAAGACACUAUGCCAGGCACCGAGCUGGGCUCCCCUAAGGUAUAUGUAAAUGUGGACAAGACCGGUGCUAGCUUGGAUGGAAACAGGUGGGCACUGGGCAGGGUGAGGUUUCUCUUCCCUUGACCACCCCCAACAGGAGCCAGUUGGGCCCAAGCAGGUGUGGGCAGGUUCCUGGCCCUGAUAGCUUUUGCUUUCUAGCAAUAAAUUCCCCAUAGUGCUGGGGACAGUCCCUAAGAAGUGAGUCUGAUGUUAGCUAUGUAAUCUGUGGCCUGUGAGUUGUUGUUAGAAGCUGCUGUUGGUCCUGGCCCCCAGUGCUUGCCUGCAGUAUUACUAACUGGCCCCAGUGGCCACCACAUUCCAGCCCUCCUCCCCAUCCUUCAACCCUGUCCGAGGUUUUCAGCUCAUCCACCUGCUCUGAAUGAAGGGCAUUUGGUUCUGCCUCUCAGAAAUGCCUUACAUCUGCCCACCCCAACCCCAGGGUGAGCAGAAGGCAACCAGAUUUAACACCUCACCGCCCCUACGUUAUUUCCCAAACCUCCCUCCCACCAGCUCAAUGAGCGUUCUAAAGUCCUUUCUCAGCUUAAAACACUGAGUUUGGCCCAGAAUUCUUUGCACAGCCUGGAGGCAGCUAAAGUGGUUUCUCAGAGAGAACAAGCUCUUCUCCCAGACCCUGGAGUUCUGGGGGUCAGGUUUGUCUCCCAACUAGGGUGGAACUGAAGGACUGGGAUCUGGAGGAAGGUUCUCAAGGACAGAUGGAGGCCACUGUCUCCUCGGCCAGGUUCCAUUGUACAGAUAGUUAGAUACAAGCACACAACUUAUAGCCACUUUGUUUUCUAGUAAAAGUUGAAAUAUAAUUCAGCACAUACGAUCCCUCCCCUCUCCCACCCCCCCACCCCAUGAUGUAGCCGGUCAGAGCUCUUAUUAAAAACUGCCCUACUUCAGGAGGAGGGAACACGA